GAUUCAUUAUAAAUAGAAAUCAUCUCUAUGUAACAGACGUGUCAUUACUAAAUUGACUAUUUUAUAUUUAAAAAAACGCGAAUAAAUAUGUAUUUUUUUUCAACCUGCGUAAAAAUAGCAAAUUGCUGUGUGUGUGAAGUGAUGUAGGUACGAGUAUAUGUGAAAAACUAUGUAACUGCUUGACAUAUUUUGAUGAGGUGUCUAUAUAAUGAUUGUAAAGUAAUACUUGAAGGAUGUUUUGUUUAUAGACGAUUUAUUUUGUAGUUAUGAAUAAUUAAAUAGUGGUUUGGAUUAAGCGUGUGUGAAAUAUUUUUUAUCAAAAUGUCACAAAGUCACAGGAUGCAGUAUUUGGCGGCAUUUGCCGUGUCAAUAGCUACGAUGACGACGAGUACUGCCUAUUUCUGGACUGCCCCCAUCCUGCCAAAGUUCCACAAUAAUGAGACCAGUAUUGUAAUAUCGAAUAGCGAGAUCUCGUGGGUGGUGGCGAUAAUAUCGCCAGGCAUGGUCACAGGCAGCCUGGCCGCUAGCGGAGUGUCAGACAAGUUCGGCAGGCGAGUCACUCUACUUGCUAGUGCUUUGCCUUUCAUUGUUGGCACGGUGUUCGUGUUGCACGCAACUAAACCCUGGUUGCUAUACAUCGGCAGGUUUUCGUGGGGACUUGGGUCCGGCAUGAUUACUACCGUUACAAGCGUAUAUCUAUCAGAAAUAGCAGACAAAGAGAUCAGAGGUACUCUAACAGCUGGCACAAGGUUCAUGUUCAGUUUUGGAGCUCUCCUAAUGCUGGCAAUAGGGUCCUUCGUGUCCUAUCAAGUACUAAGCUACUUCCUAAUAGUAAUGCCUAUUUGCUACUUCCUAGCCUGUUGGCGGAUCCCUGAAACUCCUUAUUAUUUGCUCAAAGAAGGCAAGGUGGAUGUUGCGAGGAAAGAGUUGUUGAGACUCAGUGGGAGUAAGAAUGAAAAGAUGAUCGACGAGAAGUUAUCCCAAAUGCGGUCAGAUGUGAGGAAGGAGAUGCAGCGGUCUAGUUCAGUAAAGGAACUGCUUACUGGGAAACAGUAUAGGAAAGCUGUCAUAGUAACUGCUGGUCUUCGAUUCACCCAACUCUUCGCUGGCAGUAUCCCGAUCCAACAGUACAUGGGUCGCAUCAUUCAACAAAGCAACUGCGGCUUACCAGUUUCAACGGCCCUCAUUAUUUUCGGAGCAGUGAGAUUUGCAGUCGGUUUGAUAUCGCCAAUGAUCGUUGACAGGGUGGGCCGUCGUCCACUGCUCAUCUACUCCUACUUAGGCUCCUGCGUGAUGCUGGCAAUGGUCGGAGUCUACUUCUUCCUCCAACAAGUCAUUGGCAUCGACGAUGAAUCUUCAAACCCAUUCCGUUUCGUCGUAUUUUUAGGGAUUAUCAUUUCUAUAGUUAUAUCUAGUGUAGGUUUUGAUACUUUAAUAUUUAUAAUUCCGUCAGAAAUCUUCCCUUUAAACGUAAGAUCAGUUGCAAUGACCGUGUUGAACAUUUUUUCUGCUUUCAUAACUUUUAUUGUAGUGAAAGGGUAUCAACCAAUGGAGGACUGGACGGGGCUGUAUGGAGUAUUUUGGUUAUACGCUGUCAUGGCGUGCACUGGAGCUAUAUUUACAUAUGCUAUCGUUCCAGAAACGAAAGGAAAAAGUUUGAGAGAAAUACAAGUGGAAUUGCAAGGUGAUAUAUAUGAUACACCUGAUGAUCAGAACGAACAAGAUGAAGUAGAGAUCAACGAAAACACGGAAUUAAAAGAUAUCACGAGAUGAAUUAUGUACUGACUUUUAGAUUGAUUUAAAACCUGUUAGUAUCUGAUGCUAGAUAUUGGCAAUUAUGGAUUAAAAAAAGUUGAAGCUUUAAAUAAAAUGUUUUAUUAAAAGA